GAGGGUACAGCAACCAAUGCUUCGGAGGGGCAUUGUUUCGACGAGGCUACACCUAGCCGUCUCCAGCGCACUUCCGGCGCGACAAUUCAGCAGCCAUGUCUCAGUCAAGGCCGCAUUACACUGUGCGCGAAACGUGUGUUCCCCACCGGUGAUCUCUACGGUGAUCUCUCGCGCAUUCACGUACUCCUCAAGCAAGGGCAAAGCGGCACUGAGAGACGAUGACGUUGAGAGCGAGGAUGUUGCAAUCACCCUUCUCGAAGUGCUUAUGAAGAAGCGAGAGCUUCUCAUGGCAAGAGUCUCUGAUGUUGCUACUGUUCCGUCGACGUCUGCCAGUGACGCUUCUCUGGGGCGGGAGCUGAGCGACCUCAGUGGUCUUCACCACCUCUGGACUCGAUGGACUGAUUUACAAAAAUCGAUUGCCAACAUCCUUCGUCUGACGUCGCCGGAACAUGAGCCCGACGAAGAGAUGCGCAAUCUGGCCCUCGAGGAAGCUUCUACUGUGCUUUUGCAACUAGAUGCCCUCCGCUCUGAGAUUCGUCAAGCACUUCUCUCGGAUUCCUCCUCGUCUGACAAUCUAGACGCCAUCGUCGAGGUCCGACCUGGCGUGGGCGGGCAGGAAUCGUCGCUCUUCACGGGAGAAGUGGCGCGAAUGUACAUGCGGUAUUGCGAGGGUCUUUCGACGGAUGGUACGCCGUGGCAAGUGGAGACGCUCUCGUCGACUUCCGCCGAAGCAAGCGGAGGCGAUGCUGGAAAUGCCUUUAAAGAAGUCAUCUUGUCCGUUAAGGGCCGAGGAGCAUACGCAGCACUGCAGAAUGAAGCCGGCGUUCACCGGGUGCAGCGGAUUCCUGUGACGCAAAGCACUGGGAAAUUGCAGAGCAGCACCAUUGCCGUCGUUGUGUUGCCCGGCGGUGGAGACGAGAGCGGCGGGAAGGGUGCAGAUGACGUCGUAGACCCAAAAGACGUAAAGACCGAAGUCAUGCGGAGCAGAGGGGCAGGUGGGCAGCACGUCAACAAGACGGAGAGCGCCAUCCGGCUGACGCACGAACCGACGGGCAUCACGGUGAGCAUGCAAGAUAGCCGGAGCCAGCAUCAGAAUCGGACAAAGGCGUGGGCGGUGCUGCGUGCUCGAUUGCUGGACCGCAAGAUGCGAGAGGAAGCGUCGAGCAAUCGAGAGGCGCGGAGGAAUCAGGUGUCUGGCAUGGAUCGCAGCGAUCGAAUCCGGACAUACAACUUUCCGCAAGAUCGCGUCACUGAUCAUCGGGUGCCCUUCUCCAUCAGUGGCAUUGACACGGUGAUGGAGGGCAGCGACGAAGGUUUGGGCUACCUCUUGGAUGUGUGCAGGCGCCAUCGGCAAAAGCUGAGGCUCGAGGCACUCCUCGUAGAAGUCAAAGAGGACUUGGCCCAGCUGCAGAAACAGCAAUAGAAUAAUAGAGGCACCCCGCAGCAACAUCAUUGCUUGUACUUUACUGUACAGUACUGCACUGCAUUUGGCUACGCUGCACUUGAAAUACAGCCCACCUCUUCCAUCAUUU